UUUUAGUAGACACCAGAAAGGUGUUUAGUUCUUACUUGUUUAACAUUGAGUUACUAUUGAAACGUGGCGAGAGUCAGUAUGCUGCUAAGCGCAGUGGUUAUUUGUUAUUGUAUGAUAGCUGCAAAUGCAGAACCUCUGAAACCGCCUCUGAACAGCUACUCUUUUACUAGCGGUAUCAAUGGGUACGAUUACAAUGGGUACAGUAACGCCGCUGCUAGUAAUGGAUACUUGGGAUCUAAGGAUAGCUAUCGAAACGAUGGAAGCUUUUACGGUGCUUUUACUGGAGACAUCAAUCACAAAUUACCCAACCAUGUCGGCGCUCACUCGUUAAUUAACAUCGGUAAUCAGGGACAUCAAAGUAGUAUCGGAGGAAAUGACGUAGGAAACAGUUAUAACGGAUAUUCCGCGAACGAUCAAGGAAAUGAAUAUGCAGGAUAUUCCAAUACUUAUGAGAAUUCUGCAAGUGAACCUUAUACUAAACCUACUUAUCCAACGUCUUCACCACUCAGAGGACAUAUUGACGCUAAUAAUAACGGAGAAUCGAUUUUUAAUGCGUACGCAAGCGAUUCGACUCACAAAGACUCUGAUUUUGGUCAAUACACAGCUAGUAGUAGCAGCAGCAGCAGCGAUAGCAGCAGCAGCAGCAGCAGCAGCAGCAAUAGCAAUAAAAGAAUACCCGCUUAUUCCGGAUACUCCAGGCCAACCCGGAUAUCAGACAACUAUCCUGAAAGUUCUACUGAUAACGGCAUACAGGGAUAUCUCGAUUCGUCUGGCUCUUCAAGCUAUUCCGAAAGUGAUCACAUCUACUCGCCUUAUUCGCCAGGCGGUCUAACUAGCGAGCACUCGUUUGGAAAGCAGAAAAACGACCCGUUGAACUUGAAAGGAGGCAACAAGCACAGCGGCGGCAUUUACUUGAUUCCAUCCGGGACGCGUUACACGCGGGGAAAUCCUGGGCACGUGAGCUUCAAUCGCGACGUACCGUCGUUCAUAUCAGGAGAUUCCGGGUUGAGCAGUCACUUUUCCCAGCCACACGGUAUCUAUUCUUCGGGAAAAUUGAAUAAAUACGGCUACAAAUUAUCUCGUUACACUCCGAAUAGCAGCGCAACUUACGUGCCGAGAGAACGCGAUGGCUAUUACACGCCUUAUAGUAAGGGUAGUGGGAAAGUUAUUAUAAUUAAGAACAAUAAACCGAAUUACGCCGGUCGUGUUUACUCCGAGGACCCGAUUUACGCUGGCAGCAACGGUGGUUACAGGAGUAAGAGUUUUGCAAAUGGUUUCUCUGCUUCAUCGAAUUUUGAUGGAUACACUGGCAGUAGUAAUUUAUACAAUGACGGUCCCACUGUACCCAGACGAUACAGGAUGGUCAGUCCUGUAUUUGUGCAAAAAAAGUCUGCAACGUAUAUUUAACAAUAUCCUUAAUUAACUUUUGAUUUAAGAUCAUAUUUAGAAAAUACAA